UUGGCCCAAGCUCCCCGGUUAGAUCGACGUCAGGGUGAGGAGAGGCCAUGCCCAAAACAUGCUGGGCCAGCACAUCACACUCCGAGACUCCACUUCGAAACCUCUUUCGUCGCCAUCAAUGACAACCACACAAACUCCAGCCCAGCGGUGACAAGGCAGGCCGGUGACUAUGAGUUUUGUUGUCGAUCAAGUCCGUCGAAUCGACGCCCAACUUGACCGACUCCAGCUCUCCACAAGCGGACACUCAGUCGUCGCAUCCUCGCUCUCCACCGACGAGAUCCACGAUCCGCAGCGCGCAGGCCGCAUCGCCCACCUCCAACGCCUCAUCAAGAGCUUAUCGGCGGCAAACUCGGCCAAAGCGAAAAAUGCGCUCGUACCGUCCAAACAGAUCCAGGCUGUGCUCGAGCAAGCUGGGUUGUCAUCGGCGAGUAACAGCACCGGCUGCACGACCUGUCGCAGCCUUUUCGAAGAGCAGCAGCAGCAGCAGCAGCAGCAGCAACAACGGCAUCACGAUGACUAUUCCAGCUCCGGGUCUUCAGCUUCGUCUUCUUCGUCGUACGAGCAUGAGCUAGAGUGGCUAUUGCUCUCCAAAGCAACAACACAAGCUUACGGUUCCGUCCUUUCCACGAUCCUGGACCAAACGAUCCCACUGGAAGAUGAUAUAUGGUACUGGGACGACAUCGUCUCGACUUACCGCUUCGCAGGGCUCUACUCCAUCCAAACCUCGCCAAUCCGCUUAUACAACUGGUCCAAGGACAUCUACCGCGAUGUCACAGCGCGCGGCGGGAGACUAGCGACGGACAGCUGGAGAGAGUUCUACGGGCUUGUCGGCGAAGCCGUUCGGGAUAGGAGUAUUGCGGAUAUCCGGAGAAAGGUUGUCGGACCGUUGGCGCUUGUGAGGAAUGAAGGGAGGAGGAAGACGGAGGCGCUGAAACGAAUCAAGACGAUGAAUGCGAACGCGUUGGGGGUGUUGCUAGGCGAAGGGUUAAGCAAUGAGAGUAUGCAUGAAGACGGGUUCCAAUCACCCAGCCAGUACGGCACCACAGCUGAUAAACGGCAUCGCUGGAAAAGCACCGUCGCAAAGAGCAUCGCGUUGAUGGAUGCUGUGCUGCACACUGUAAAGGACAGCGAGCUUCCGAUCGAUAAGUUCGACGACGCUGUGGCCGCCACCACGCAUGAGGAUCUGUACUACGAACUUCACGAGUCUUCGGGGGAACGAACCGCUACGUCCCUCAGACCAGCCGACGCAGCAGCGCGCCUUCAUAACCUCCUUGCCCACGCCCUCCCCCAAUACUCGUCCAACUUCAACGCCAUGGUCCGCGAAAACGGGCGUCCCUCGCGGCUGGUGCGAUACUGGCUGCCCAUGACGCUCGCCCUCGUCUCCUCCACGACCAUCCUCCGCAUCAUCACGACGCGCAGAGAACAGAUCCUAACCUGGAUCCGCGACCUGGGCCACACGGUGCUGGACUUUUACACAAACUGGAUCCUAGACCCGACCAAGAAAAUCAUCGCGACGAUCCGGCACAACGAAGACAGCGAAGUGUCGAUCCUUUCGAAACGCAGUCUGGAAUCCGACCGCGCGAGUCUGGAACGCAUGGUCGUUGAUUUCGCUGUGGCGCAUCCGGAAGGCACCACCACGCUCACUGAGACGCAGAUCUCGGAGCUCCGCGCCAAAGUGCGAGAAGGCGAUCUCACGCCCGUGCUCAAAGCGUACGAGAAGGACAUCCAGAGUCCCGUCAAAGGCGCCAUCAUGGGGAAUCUAGCCAGCGCGCUGCUCAUCCAAGUCCAGAAGACCAAAGUCGAUGUAGAAGUAGCCAUGAGCGGCAUCGACUCGAUCCUUAAGAGUCAGGAACUGUUAUUCGGAUUCAUAGGUCUCACCCCGGGCCUCCUAAUCUCCCUCUCCCUCUACCGCUCCCUAACCUCGCUCCUCACAACCCGCAAAGGCCUGACCCAAUUCUCCCACCAGACGUCGCUCCUCCUCAUCCUCCGCAACAUCGACCGCAUCCUCGUCGGCGCCUCCCCCACCGAAUUCGGCGAAAUGUCGUACCGCGACCACGGCCUCUUGCUCUGCGAAGUGCACCUGCUGCGCCAGGCCGCGGGCCAAGUCCUCCCGCGCCGCGUGUUUGCCGACUUCUUGGUCGAAAUGGAUGAGCUGGUGGAUGUGCGCGUUGGGCUCGAGAGGCAGAUGAAGGUUGUGGAGAGGGUAAGGUGGGCUUAUGGGAGGUGGUUUACCAAGUAG